AUGGCUGAUAUGGUGAAUGUGAAUGAGGACGACGAAGCACGCCGAAAUGAAAUAAGAGCUAUGAUUAUGGAAGAAGUAAAGAAAGCAGUAGAGGCUAGUGUUCCCCGACUAGCUCAAGAAGUCGAAGGACAAGUAUUGGAGAUAAUUAAUACCUCGGUAACUUCUAAGGUGGAAGAAUUGAAAGAAAUGAUUAGUGAAUUGCAAGUGAAGAAAAGCUUUCGGCGAUGCACGUACAAAGAUUUCAUGGCAUGCAACCCUUUACCAUACAAAGGGGAAGUUGAUCCGAUAGCUUGUCAAAGGUGGAUUUCAAGUACCGAAGCAGUGUUUACACGAAGUAGAUGUGAAGUGGAGGAUCAAGUAAUGUUUGCCACGGGCCUCCUACAACUUCGAGCAAAAGAUUGGUGGGACGCAUACUCGAAGGAAUUGGGGGAUGAUAAAGUACAAUCGUUAACAUGGCAAGAAUUCAAGGAGUCAUUUCUGAAAUAUUAUAGUCCACAAUCCGCAAUUGAUAAGAUUCAGGAAGCCUUCUUACGUCUCAGACAAAAGGAUGAAACGAUUGACGAGAUAACGAACAAGUUCCUUGAGAGGGUGAAGUUCUGUGAGGAGAUAGCGGGGACUGAGAGGCAAAGGAUUAUACGUUACCAUGCUAUGUUAAAGGCUGAAUAUCGGGAAUUUGUAAACCCCUCCAAGUGUGCAAUGUUAAAUGAACUAUUUGAAUGGGCAAGACACAGAGAAAUUGAGAUAAAAAGGCAGGUUGAACGGGGAGAGAAAAGGGUAGCGGAGAAGCCUACCAACGCAAGCCCAUCGAAAAAGGCAAGAUAUCAAGACCAAAGCAAGAAGGGGAAAGCAAGUAGUGAAAUUCCGACUUGCAAGACGUGUGGGAAGCAUCAUUCGGGUGAGUGUUUGUCGGGAAAGAAGGGAUGCUACAAAUGUGGACGAGAGGGACAUCCGUUUUAUAGGUGCCCCGAAAACUCAAAGGCGUGUUAUAAUUGCAAUGAAACGGGGCACAUUAAAGCGGAUGAGCCCCCCAAGGCUCGCGGGAGGAUGUUUCAGUUAACCUCAGAUGAAGCCAAAGCUAGCCCGGACGUGGUUUCAGGUAUAUUCUUGGUUAAUUCUAUGCCUAUGAAUGUUCUAUUUGAUUCUGGGGCUAGUAGGUCGUUCAUUUCUAAUGAAUUGUUAGCUCACCCAUCGUUUAAGCUUGAAAAGAUGUCAAUACCCUUAGAGGUUGAAGUUGCUGAUAGUAAAAGCUAUUUGUUGCAUGAUAUUUGCAAAAACUGUAAGAUAAUAAUCGAAGAUGAGGAAUUUAGUAUAGACCUUGUUCCAAUGUACAUGGGGGAAUUUAAAGUAGUUGUAGGAAUGGAUUGGCUAGCCCAAAACCACGCUGAAAUUCAAUGUGAAAAGAAAGUCAUUCAUGUAGUUACCUCGGGGGGAAACGGAUAA